AUGGCAAAAGAGAUUACGGUGCGACAGCUGUCAGGCAAGGAUCCGUUUCAAGUGUCGAGAGACAUGAAUGUCCGUGAGUUCAAAAGGGAGCUGCAUGGGUGGCUGCCCUGUGGAGAUGAGUCGCAGCGCAACAUGAGCUCGGUGGAAGUGAUUGUUGGAGACAACCGCCUGUUGAACAACGAAGAAUUGCUGUCAGAGGCCAUCCCAGCAGAAGUUACGGCCUUUCUCAGCUUGAAGCCAGUGACGUGUUGCAGCUUCUCAACGAACUUGCGUGGUGAACAUUCCAAUUUCCGUGACCGAGAUACCGAAAUGUGCCUUCCAAGGUUGCAGCUCAUUGGCACUUGUGCUCAUCCCGAACUCCGUGACCGAGACAGAAGACUGGGCCUUCCAAGGUUGCAGCUCAUUGGCACACGUGUUCAUCCCAGUUUCAGUGACCGAGAUAGGAUUUUGCGCCUUUCAAAUUUGCGGCUCGUUGGCAAACGAUUCCGUGACUGA